AUGUCUACUCCUGGAGAGACAGAACUUGACUCGUUGGCAGACGUGCCGUCUACGAGAGACAGCUCAAUGCUCGAGAAAUCAGAAGCCUCAGAUGACCGUGCCUCUGUUGGGGCCGUGCACGAGGUCGAUCUGACCAGAGACGAUGAAAAAACAAAGCUUAUCCAGACGUAUAUGGGGGCCGCUCAGCGCGGCGAUCUUGACGUUCUGACUGACAUGCUGGAUAAUCACAAGGUGGACGUGAACGACAUGCUGGAUGACAACGUCACUGCUCUGCAUUGGUGUGCUAUCAACAAUAAGCUGACUGCUCUCAAGUACCUCGUGUCCAAAGGCGCGAACGUGAAUCACAAGGGCGGCGACUUGGACGCCACGCCGCUCCAAUGGGCCUGCAGAUACGGUCUGGUGUAUAUUUCGGAUUACCUGAUCACUCAAUGUGGGGCAGAUUACUCGGUUCUCGACAACCAGGGCUUCAACUGUCUACAUUUGGCUGUGCAUUCUUCCAACGUCAUGAUGGUGAUUUAUAUUCUCUACUUCACUGAUUUGCAUAUCGACGCGGCUGAUCCAAAGGGCCGCACUGCACUGCAUUGGGCCGCCUAUCAGGGCGACUCCUUCACCGUGGAGGUUCUGGUCCGCCAGGGAGCCGAUUUAUCUUUGGUGGACGAGACAGGGUUUACCGCCCUUAGCUGGGCUCUCGUCCACCCGGUGAAGCAAAUUCUCGUGAAAUUACUUGAGCACGGAAGCGACCUCAACCAUCGGACCAACGACAACAAGUCUUCGUGGGAUAUCGCCGCAGACAUGAACUGUACCAGUAUGCUGAAAACUGCUCUCAGAGAAUGCGACAUCAAUCCAGACGGGACAAAAGUAAAGAGACGCAUUUCUCCGAAGGUGGCAGAUCGCAUCAUCUUUGUGUCCCCGUACCUCAUCGUCCCUCUGUGUUUGUACGCGAUGACAAGCGGAAUCAUUCUAUUUGACAUUUUCAUACUGGUGGUUAUAUUGGGGUUGCAAAAUCUCAUUCUCCAGUGGAUUAUCGUCCCCAACUUCAGCAGAUCGCCCAACUCGCUUCAAAAAUCGUCGCUCUUUGCAGGGGUGUUCUCAGGAACUGCGUUUUGGUGCCUGUUGACAUGGUUGUUCAAAAUCAUGCCAAAUACCUUUUUAGAUAAACCCUUGCUCAACCUGACGUUUGCCAUUUCCGCCUGCUGCACAAUGGCAACUUUUGUCAAGGCAAUGAUCAUCGACCCAGGACUAAUCCCUGCCGAGCAAGAUAAACAGAGAAUAAAAGCCACCAUCAAAGACCUGAUCGAUCUGCGGAAAUUCGACUCCAGGAACUUCUGUCUCUACACCUCGAUCAGAAAGCCUCUCAGAUCGAAGUUCAACAGGUUCAAAAAUAGAAACGUUGCCAAAUUCGACCACUACUGUCCCUGGAUCAAUAACGAUGUCGGAGUCAGAAACCACAAGCUGUUUUUCGGUUUUUGCGCUGCGCUCGAAAUCUCAAUUAUCGCUUACUACAAGCUUGCCAGAAAGUAUUUUGAUGAGCUGGACGUUCCAGACGAUCUGGAACGUUCAUGCUAUAUUUUCGACGAGGAUACGUGUGCUGGGUCAUAUGCGUCUCCUUUCAUCUUCAAUCUGACAAUAUUUAUCCUUUUCCAGCUUUCUUGGUUGUCGCUCCUGCUGAUCGUUCAGACGUUGCAGAUCUCUAAGGGCAUCACCAGCUACGAGCUCAGUAAUAUGCACACCGCGACCGGCAAUAAUUUCUCCUCGGUGCCGACAGAUGAGAUAAACGAUUUGAAUAACGAGGAUGUGGCAUUGCCUGGAUUGCGCAGGUUCGUUUGUCUUCCGAAUUUCGUGACCAACUCCAAGUGUGCGAGACUUAUCGGACUGAACCAGUUUUUAAUGAUCAGUGACGAUCUUAUCCAACACAAAUCAAGUCCUGCCACUUUCGACUGCGGAAUUUUGCAGAACUGGUUGGACUUCCUUUUCAUCAAAACAGAAGUCGAACCAUAUAGCUGGCGCAAUCUCUUCAAGCUUCCAAUAAUGGGAGAAGCAAACCUGGAUGGCCGACUUGUGGACUACUACCAGCUUUUCGAGAUUCCCUCGAAACCGUCCACCACCACAGUGUAA